UUCAGAAUGGAUGGCUUUGCAAAUGGGAAAACAGCUGCUCUCAUACAAAAAUGUAAGAGCUCCAACAUCAGCAGCAGCAGCAACAACAACGGCACAUGAAGGCUAUGCAGAGCUUGGGCGCCUGUGAUCAGAGAAAGCACAUAUCGUUCUAGAUGAGAAGCGACACACCGGACUACAAAACAAGCCCAGCAUCAGGUUGCCAUGGACAAGAUCUACAGAAGCAAUGAAUGUCUGUGAUGUUGUCCAUUCAUAUUCAGUUAAGAUCACAGUGGACCUAGACGUCUGGCUCACUUUUUAGCGGGCUCAAGCAGCUAAUGCAGACUUGUCUACACUAAGGAGGCUAAUGUGACAUUUCAGACGCCUAAUCCUGCUCUGUCAAGUCAUGUGACCGACAGUAACCUAUUUCCCUGGAGCCCCAAGCAGCCGGCCACUGCAGAUCUGUGAAUCUUGAGGAAGACCAAAGCUGAAGUAGAUACCAUAUCGGAAAGUGUGAAGAAGGACACAGAUCACUGCUAGAGGAUGAAACCGAAUAAGGACACAGAAACUUCUGUACUGGUACAAGAAACUAAAGGGGCUUCAGUAUCUCCCACAUAAGGGCUUGGAAGCUUUGGAAAGUCAGUGGCUGCAUUUUAAAGGAUACGUUUACUUCAUUUCAAACCAAUUAACCUUUUAUUAUCAAAGAAUUUUAGUGUAUUGUCUUCUAUCUGGACAAUCCUGGAUGCCACAAAAGUCCAGUUUUGGCAUUUUUUUGGGAUAUCAUGCAGCUGUGAACUGUGACCAUUAAGAUUUAAAUUUUGCCCUUGAAGGACGCUUUUACUAAAGACGCCCAAAUGUUGACCAUGACAGCAAUGUACGUGAAUGGAGGAGGGAAUCAGAGGUACGCCAGGUGGAACCGGCAGGACAGCCUGGAAGACUAUAGUCGCUCAGACGGCUGUGAGCAGGAUGGAGAGGGGAAGCAGCGCAAGUUGACACCCCUUGAGAAGUUGACACAUGACAUGUCACAUGAUGAAAAAACAGUCAAAGAAGUCACUCUUGGCAAAAGAAUUGGCUUUUAUCGACUUCGAGGAGAGAUUGGAAGUGGAAAUUUCUCACAAGUUAAACUCGGGAUUCAUGUGCUUACCAAAGAAAGAGUUGCAAUAAAAAUUUUGGACAAGACCAAGUUGGACCAGAAGACCCAACGCUUAUUAUCCAGAGAGAUCUCUAGCAUGGAGAAGCUGCAGCACCCCAAUAUCAUCAGACUUUAUGAGGUGGUGGAGACCCUGUCUAAGCUGCAUCUAGUAAUGGAGUACGCCUCUGGAGGGGAACUCUUUGCCAAAAUUAACACAGAGGGAAAGUUAUCAGAGUCGGAAAGCAAAGUGAUCUUUUCACAAAUAGUAUCUGCUGUGAAACACAUGCAUGACAAUAACAUCAUACACAGAGACUUGAAAGCAGAAAAUGUCUUCUACACCAGCAACACUUGUGUGAAGGUUGGAGACUUCGGCUUUAGCACCAUCAGUAAAAAAGAAGAAACACUGAACACCUUUUGUGGUUCUCCACCUUAUGCUGCACCAGAGCUUUUCCGGGAUGAACAUUACAUUGGUGCUUUUGUUGAUAUCUGGGCAUUGGGCAUACUUCUAUAUUUUAUGGUGACGGGUAGCAUGCCUUUCCGAGCAGAUACUGUGGCCAAAUUAAAGAAGUGCAUUUUAGAUGGAACAUACUCCAUUCCUCCGUAUGUGUCUGAAUCUUGCCAGCGACUGAUUAAGGGGAUGCUUAAACCUUUACCUUCAGAGAGGUGCAGUGUGGACUACAUCAUGAACAAUGAAUGGAUGCAUGGAAUACAGUAUCCAAAGCCUCUGGAACCCUUCAGACUGGACCCAAAACAUCUCUUAGAUACAGAUUCCCUCAAGGAUGAUGAAACAGAAGUAAAGAACACUUUGGAGAGUUUGGGUAUAACAGAGGAACACAUCCUUAACAAUCGGGACAAAGAUUCCAGAAGUUCUAUCACUGGAGUGUAUAGGAUUGUCCUCCACAGGGUGCAGAAGAAGAGAGCAAUGGAAAACGUUCCCCUCCUUACCAGUCUAGAGCCAAAGGAGAAGAACACAAGAAGGCCUCACAGAACCCGACGAGAAAUAAGGCACACCUCUAAAUUUUGUUCAAUUUUAUAAAGUGUGUAGAAGCUAAACUUUUACAGGAGUGCCCAUGAGAUUAUAAACUUAUUUUUUUUUAAUUCAGUGAUGCCUUGAAGACCUUUUUCCAAAUAUUUCACUCCCUAAUAACUAUACUGUUUAUAUAAGUUAUUUGCUAGAAGGGAUCUGCGUGUGCCAAUGCUUCCAUUAUUUGUUCAGCAAACAGAUCUGUACAAAAAGUUAGACUCGUCACUUACAUGGUGUGGUUUUGAGAACUGGAGCAUUUUUAGGCUUAGUGAGUUUGCUAAUUCUGGGCUUUUGUGAGAAUAUGUGCUAUCGGUAUUUUCAGGUUCUUUAGGCCCGUAUAGAUAAAUCACCAACUGAAAUGGUAUUUCAUUUUGUUGGUGCCCUGGGAGACUUCAUCUUUUUUGGUUUUCAUUAUGUUUCAGUUUGCCUAAAAUGGCCAGAUGGUGGUGGAUAGCUCAAGGCUAUGGGAGUGCCUAAACCCAAGCUCUGGGCUCUAGCCACCUCCUAUGGUCAUAAUGAUAAGGUCUUCUGAUUCUUGGUGCUCAGUUUGUUUCACAAUAUAAAAAAAUGCAUACAAAGAAA